AUGGUGGCUAUGUUUCAAGAAGAUAAUGGAACAUCCUCUGUAGCUUCAUCACCACUUCAAGUCUUCUCAACCAUGUCACUCACAAGACCAACUCUCCUCGCUUCUUCUUCGCCGUUUCACUGCCUCAAAGACCUCAAACCAGAGGAGCGUGGUCUCUACCUGAUCCACCUCCUGCUAACUUGCGCCAACCACGUGGCCUCCGGUAGCCUUCAAAACGCAAACGCAGCUCUCGAGCAGCUCACUCACCUCGCUUCCCCUGACGGCGACACGAUGCAGAGAAUCGCUGCUUACUUCACCGAAGCGCUCGCUAACAGAAUCCUCAAGUCGUGGCCUGGUCUCUACAAGGCUCUCAACGCGACUCAAACAAGAACCAACAAUGUCUCUGAGGAGAUUCAUGUCAGGAGACUCUUCUUUGAUAUGUUCCCGAUCCUCAAAGUGUCUUACUUGCUCACUAACCGAGCUAUAAUCGAAGCCAUGGAAGGAGAGAAGAUGGUUCAUGUGAUUGAUCUCGAUGCUUCCGAGCCAGCUCAAUGGCUUGCUUUGAUUCAAGCUUUUAACUCUAGGCCUGAAGGGCCACCGCAUUUGAGAAUCACUGGCGUUCAUCACCAAAAGGAAGUGCUUGAUCAAAUGGCUCAUAGACUCAUUGAGGAAGCAGAGAAGCUCGACAUCCCGUUUCAGUUUAAUCCGAUUGUGAGUAGAGUGGAGUGUUUAAACGUUGAGCAGCUGCGUGUCAAGACAGGAGAGGCCUUAGCCAUCAGCUCGGUUCUUCAGUUGCACAACUUCUUGGCCUCUGAUGAUGAGUUCUUGAGGAAGAGCAACAGCGGUUUGCGGUUACAGAACAAUACUAAUGGGAUUGACUUGCAGAGAGUUGAGAAUGAUAUGAGCAACAACAAUGGGCAUAGCCUGAGCGGUGACUCGGCCUCAUCUUUGCCUCUACCUAAUUCAGGGAGGAUUGAUAGGUUUCUUAAUGCUGUUUGGGGUUUGUCACCGAAGAUCAUGGUGGUCACUGAGCAAGACUCAGACCACAACGGCUCCACGCUCAUGGAGAGACUGUUGGAAUCACUCUACACUUAUGCAGCGUUGUUUGAUUGCUUGGAAACCAAGGUUCCAAGAACGUCUCAGGAUAGGAUCAAAGUGGAGAAGAUGUUUUUCGGGGAGGAGAUCAAGAACAUCAUAGCCUGUGAGGGGUCUGAGAGGAGAGAAAGGCAUGAGAAGCUUGAGAAAUGGAGCCAGAGGAUUGAUUUGGCUGGCUUUGGGAAUGUUCCUCUUAGCUAUUAUGCGAUGUUGCAGGCUAGGAGACUGCUUCAAGGCUAUGGUUUUGAUGGGUAUAGGAUCAAAGAAGAGAGUGGGUGUGCGGUGAUUUGCUGGCAAGAUCGACCUCUCUACUCGGUAUCAGCUUGGAGAUGCAGGAAGUGA